CCACUUCCCCACCCACAUGAACCCACCGUGCAGUUAGACAUGAGAAAGAGGGAACGCUCCGCUACCCCAGCUGACUCACUGGAGAUAUUUCGGUCCAAACGUAUUGAGGAUCGAGAAUCUGUCUUCGUUGCUGCGUUUUCUCCUACGCUCCCCGUCAAGACAUUGCAAGGCUUGGACGAGUUCGUCACAGCAACACAUCGCAUUGCAGCAUGGAGGAAGCCCUCCCGUCAAAGGUCUCUCAGGCCGGAAUCCAUGGUUCUGUAUGACCUAGGUCAUGAUGAUGACGGAGAGAAGUGGGCCGGUUCACGACUGAAGAGCAUUCUUGAAGACAUGAAGGUGGAAGGUGUCAUCGUUGUUGCAAGAUGGUAUGGCGGACAGAUGAUAGGACCCGCCAGGUUCGCUCACAUUGAAAAUACCGCGAAAGAGGCAGUCCGGAAGUGGCAGAGCGCUCGUGAAGAACUGAAAACGGAAGAAGCAGCCAAGAGAAGGAAAGUGGAGCAGGAUGCAGAGCGCCAAUCGCUGGAGUUAAUUCUCAAGGAAAGAGACUCAAACAUUUUCGCGCUCAGAGGUCUACUUGCCCGAAAAAAGGCCAAAUUGGAAGACACAGAGGUGGCCCCGUUGACACCUCAAAGGCCCAUGAACUACGCAUCUAUGUCUCUUGAAACGCUCAAGAGGCAGGAAAAGGCUAGAGAUGCCACAAUUGCGUCAAUUCUGCAUAGAAUCAACGAUGUCGAGGAUCAAAUGAAAAAGAUGGAUGCUCUAGAAGACGCGAAAGAUGAUCUGUUCGACGGGAUUGAAAGCAAAUGACGAUUAUUGUUAAAAGACGAGGAUGAACCGGACCUUUGCAGAGCCGCCGAGAAACCGAGCCAUUGCAGUAUGGUUCAGUGCGAACUCUUUGGCCAAAAAAAUAUUGACAUGGUCCGAAGCAGCUCGCAAUCAAGCAUGAUGCUAUCCAUUGAUGACAAAUUCUCAGUCCUCUUAUGGACUCUCAUAGUGCAUAUUUUUGACGAGCCAGGAUUCGUGUGAGCCUUGCUCGGAUUCCAUCUGCGGAUCUGACAGAAGCCAACGAAUUACUCCUUUUCGGUUUGAUGGCUUUUACAGACGACGAAACGAUAUUGACAUACCCGUUCUUUGAGGGAAGACUCCAAAGAAUUUUUCGGUUUUAUAAUUUGGUAUCUGGCUACAUGUGUAUGGUGUGGGUCAUGCUAGCACGCCUAUUGUACAUAACAACUCAGAAUAUAAUAUUCUACUUCACUUGCCAGGCUGGAUUUGCC